AUGGGUCACGUUCGCGAUGACUUCAAAGCCUUUCGUGUCCGUAGGAAGGCAAUGAUGAAAGAGAAAAAUGCACGGAGGCGUGGCUAUGAUGAGGAGAUCUUCCUCCAGUUACCCGACAAAACCACACUCGAUCCUCAGGUGGCUUUGUACUUUCAGACAUGCGAGACGUCUUACCGUGUCUUGCAUGAGCCCAGUUUUUGGAGGGAAUACCAAGCCUUUUGGGAACGUCGAUCCAACGAAGAGUCUCUGACGCCCUUUGCCGCUAUCCUGUUGUACAUCCUUGCAAUUACCAAAUGUCUUCAACCAAACGAUGGCAAUAUCUUUGUUGGCGACAGCUCAGUCGAUCGCGACACCGCUCUGGAUUACAUAGAAACAUGCGACAUGUGGUUGCAGCGUCAGUCUCGGAAACAGACCACUCUUACCUUUUUCCAGCUUCAAUGUCUUUCUCUUCUCGCAAAGAGAUACAAUAGCUUGAAGCUGAAGCAGGACUGGACAGCUUCCGGCGACAUCAUCCGGCUUGCUAUCGCCGCAGGCUUGCAUCGAAACCCGUCACUCCUAUCGAGAGGCCGUAUAACCGAGUUCGAGAAAGAGAUGCGGAGAAGGGUCUGGCUGACUAUCGUGGAAAUGGAGCUACAAGGGUCGAUUGACUGCGGCUUGCCAUCGUCGGCCUGCGGUCUCUACUUUGAUGUUCAGCCUCCGUCUAACCUUCCCGAUGAAACAUUCGCUGCCGACACCACACAGAUUCCUGCAGGGCGUCCGAUUGAACACUUCACCUCGACGUCGUAUCUCAUUGUGUCACUUCGAUCGAUGCCUCUCCGUCUCCACCUUCUACAGCUGCUGAAUAACCCAACAACCGAACUGCAAUACUCGGAUGUCAUUCACUAUGAUGGACAAUUGAACGCAAUGUUGACGACAUUACCAAUUUGGACCGAUCCAAGAGCCGAGAUCCCCACUGUAUUGCUCAAAUUACAGCUGCUGCAAUUUCUCCUCAUACUGCACCGACCGUACGCUGAAUUUGCAACUGCGAACAAGCGCUUUAGUUUCUCUUUCACCGCUUGCAUAGAAGCGACGAGUGCGAUAAUGUCGCUCCACGAGCAAUUGCUCGGUAAGAACAUUCUGGCACUGAACCAUCUUCGUAAUGACGCUCUGCGGGCUGGCAUAGCCCUUGCUCAAACGACAUACCAUAACUGCUUCCACGCAUCACCAGCAGAAUGCCGCGAACCGCCUAACCACAAAGAUUUCAUACAUCCUGUCGACGUCGGCGCUGCAUCCAAACAGCAGCGUCUGGAAGGCGCGCCAGAGCUGAAGAUCCCUCAGCUGCCCACAGAUAGCCUGCUUUCAGCAACACUCUGCAGCACUGCCGUGAACCUCCUCGAGAAGGUUCGCCAGCUCUUUGAAAACAAGGUUAUGCGUCUCGGCACCGGCUACAUGGAGUACUUUCUGCUCUGCUCUGCACAGGGCAUCAUGCCGGGCCUCAAUCAAGACCGCGGGACGUCGAUCGCGUCCAUCACCAAUGCCACGGCCGAUGACCUCCGCUCCCGUGGUCGCAAGUCGCUCGAGCGAGUGACUUCGCUUUGCUUCCGCGUCCUCGCUUUGCAAAAAGAACCUGCGGAUUCGCUCGUGAACUCUCUUCGCCAGAACGUCACAGUACCGUCGCCAAUUACACCGGCGUCCAGCCAUGGACCGUCGACCGGGCCAGCUACGGGAGCGCAAUUAUAUGGAAGUAGUCUGGGCGGGGGAGGCCUCGUUGGAGACCUGCCGACAAUAAUCCCCGGAACAGGUGCUAUGGCUUCUGCUCUCAAUGAAGGCAAAGACUUGGGCGUGGGCGAUGGCGCGUUUGACGAUCUGGACAUGCAGGUUGAUCUGUCGGGCUGGACGUUCCCGGACUUCUGGAACUUUGAUAUGGGCAGUGCUGUUUAA